AUGCAGAACAAAUACUCCGAGGGCUACCCCGGCGCAAGAUACUAUGGUGGAAACGAGUUCAUCGACCAGGCAGAGCGUCUCUGCCAGCAACGAGCCCUCGAGGCCUUCGGCCUCGACGCGAAGCAAUGGGGCGUUAACGUGCAAGCUCUUUCGGGCGCCCCUGCCAACUUGUACGUCUAUUCCGCCUUAAUGGACACUCACGAUCGCCUGAUGGGUCUUGACCUGCCCCAUGGUGGCCACCUUUCCCACGGUUACCAGACGCCGACCAAAAAGAUCUCCGCCAUUUCCAAGUACUUCGAAACCGUCCCUUACAGACUGGACGAGUCCACGGGUCAAAUUGACUAUAACAAGUUGGAAGAGCUGGCCCUGCUGUACCGCCCCAAGAUUAUUGUGGCGGGAGCCAGUGCGUAUAGCAGGUUGAUCGAUUAUAAGCGCAUCCGCGAGAUCUGCGAUAAGACCAACGCCUACCUUGUUGCGGAUAUGGCUCAUAUUUCCGGGCUCGUUGCAGCGAAGGUUAUGCCCGGGCCCUUCGCGUUCGCCGAUAUUGUCACUACUACCAGCCACAAGAGCUUGCGAGGACCUCGUGGCGCCAUGAUCUUCUUCCGCAAGGGUGUGCGCCGCCAGAACGCCAAGAAGGAAGACGAGCUGUACAAUCUUGAGGGUCCCAUCAAUAGCUCUGUUUUCCCUGGCCACCAGGGAGGUCCUCAUAACCAUACCAUCACCGCCUUGGCCGUGGCUCUGAAGCAGGCCCAAUCCCCUGAGUUCCGGGCGUACCAAACUCAGGUUCUGGCGAAUGCAAAGGCAUUUGCCCAGAGACUGGGCGCCCCCAAGGAGAAGGGAGGAUUGGGAUACAAGCUUGUGUCGGGCGGCACUGAUAACCAUCUCGUACUGGCUGAUCUGAAGCCUCAGGGUAUCGACGGCAGUCGUGUCGAGCGUGUGUUGGAGCUCGUUGGCGUCGCAUCCAACAAGAACACCGUCCCCGGCGACAGGUCAGCGCUGGUUCCCGGCGGAUUGCGCAUGGGAACGCCAGCAAUGACAACUAGAGGCUUCAGUGAGGAAGACUUCAGCCGCGUUGCUGAUAUCGUUGACCGAGCUGUUACCAUCGCCGUCCGUGUAGACAAGAGCGCAAAGAAGGCAGCUGAAGAGAGGGGAGAGAAGAAGCCUGGACUGCUCAGACACUUCAUGGAGCACCUCGGAGACGGAGAAACUGAUCCAGAGAUUGUCCAACUGAAGUCUGAAGUUGCUGACUGGGUCGGCACGUAUCCGCUGCCGUGGGAUGUCCGGUCGUGA